AUGUCUGUGGUUGGAGAAAGGAAAAAGACUCCGAAAGGUUCACUUAAAGAGAAAGUGCUUCAGGUAUAUGAUAAGCUGUUCCAAGGACAAGACAUCACUCAAGGCAGAGCGGAAUUUUGGGACGACUUUUUCCUACUGAAACCCAAUCUCAAAUGUUUGUCUGCACACUUUGAGAAAACAAGUUCAGAAGAUCUCGUUAGACUGAAGCCUCAGCUCAACAGAUUGUUUAUACAAUGCCUUCAAACAGCUCAGUAUGAUGGACAUCGCAUCCGAGUUGCCAACGCUAUUCAGACGUUGGACUGUUUACUGAGUGGCGUUCACAGGUGUAGAUCACCAAGUAUAAAUGAGGAACUUAGCGCGAUACUUUUAGGACCGGAGCAUGUUAAAGAUUUCAUGGAGAACUAUAUUUCUCUAUGCGUUGAACUGGUCCGAGAAGAUAAACCAGAAUUACUUCGUUUUCUUAUAUUCAAUUCAAUGAUGACAUUUGCUUCAGUUACUUCAUCUUUAAACAAAAAUCCAUUUAUUCCUAUUCUGUUAGAUGAUCGUAUUUAUGACUUAAUCAUGAAUACAUUGAUCAAUCCUCAAUUAAGAUAUUAUCAUGGUGUUACUGCAUGCAGAUUUCUUGGUCUACUAUUACAAUAUACCGAACCUGAUUCAUUGAAUUUAUUUCAAACAUUAAUUCAGCAGACAGAAGAUGAACUGUUGUUAAAUAGUAUAUUGUCUACUGUCGCUCUUGCAUUGUCUGAAUUUAACUUAAAGUUUGGACAACAACGUGACAAUUCUGGUGGUAUUCUAUCUUCUUUUUCAUCUUUUUUCACUACUUUGGUCUCCGGUGAUGUUGCAUCGAUUAUUAGUUUAAGACCAUGUGAUUCACUUUUGCUAUGUCUAUAUGAAUUAGCUAGAAGUAGUCAUCAUUUCGCUAUACUUCUCUCUUAUUCCAAUGGUCACUAUACAAAUAAUUCAAGAGAUUUAGAAAGUAUAAUUGUCCCAGAUCCUAUAUUAGAUUAUAGAAUUUUAAAAGCUAUUAGUACUGAAUCUAUGGUUGGUUAUUUGGAUCCAAAUUUAGUUUCACCGGGUAAAGCUGUCCCUGUAUCGGCUAUUACAACUAGUACCACUACUAAUACUACCAAUAAUAAUAAUGGUAGUAGUAUUAACAGUAGAUCUUCCAGCCCACAAAGUUUAUCAUCUUUAAAUCAUUCAACUAAAAGUGUCAAUAGUAGUCGGUUGAAUACAAUAUCAUCAUUUAGUAAUGGACAGUUUAAUAGUAAUAAUAAUAACCUCAAUUUGGACAUGGAUUCACUGUAUGCACCAUCUAUGGAACCGAGAAAUUUAUUGGCUGAUUUAUUAGAAUAUUGUUCUGUUGUAAUGCAAGAUGUUAAAACUCCGGAAUCACUAAACAGUUGUCAUCUUUGCUUAAUUAUUCUUUGCUGUAUAACUCAGAAUCAAUUGGCUUGUUCCUUAUUGCAUGAUAUGCAAACCAGUUUUAAAGUUAGAAUACAUAAAUCUCGUUCACGUAAAUCUGAUCCGAAAAGCUACAAUGCAUUUACAAGUCGUCCGAUUGCUAUGGUUAUUUUAGACUUGAUGAUAGAAUUUGCUCAUGGACAUUUGAUGAAGAAACUUCCACAUCGUUUAUAUAAACUUUGUUUAAUCGUAUGUCAAAAUUUACUAUGUUAUCAGAAAAUGCAUAAAAUUCGUUUGGAAUUCGACUGGAAAUCAUUAUGGAUAGUUAUUUUAAGUUUACUCAAAUUUGUCCUCAACUUGGAUUGCAAUAAUUUACAAUUGCUUGAUGCUUUGAAAUUAAUGGAAAAGUCACUUCAAAUAUUCAACUUUUUCAUUCUUCAUGGUGAUAAAUUUCUUCAAUCGCCUGACGUUUAUGAUAACUUAUACUAUGAAUUAAUACGUAUGCAUUUACUUGUUGAGAAUCUUUAUGAAUAUUCUCUUCAACAUUCAACUAGUACUGUCAUGGAAAUUAAAGAUGCUGCAUCUUGUGUUGUACUUCAGUUAAGCACUCUACGAUCAAUUGUUAAUCAUUUCAACGCUAAAAUUGCUUCAUUCUCAACAUUAAAUAAUGUAACUUCUCUUACGGAGAAUCAAGUUUUAGACAUUGUUCGAGCCAAUUAUGAUUCAUUGACUUUACGAUUUUUAGAGGAUUUAGAUAAAAUUGAAGAGUUUGAGAGUGACAAUGAAGAUUCAAUAAUGUUUCAUAAUAUUAUUGAAUCGAUCAGUAAACAAAUACGUAAAGAUUGUUUAGAUUCAAGUUUAGAUAUACAAAAUCAAUUGCAUGAAUUAUCAUCAAUACCAUGA